AUGGGGCUACAGAAAUCCCCAUCCCCCGCGCGUAGUACUAAACCAGAGCCCCCACCUCCGAAGCCGCCGUCGCCGUCAGUCAGCUCCGGCAAGUCUUCCCAGAAGGCGGUGUUCUCCCGCUCCUUCGGCGUUUACUUCCCGCGCUCCUCCGCGCAGGUCCAGCCGAAGCCGCCGGACGUGGCGGAGCUGCUCCGGCUGGUGGAGGAGCUCCGGGAGCGGGAGUCGAGGCUGAAGACGGAGCUGCUGGAGCACAAGCUGAUGAAGGAGUCGGUGGCGAUUAUUCCGGUGCUGGAGAACGAGAUCUUCAUGAAAGACGAGGAGAUUGGGAGGGCUUGCAAAAAAAUCGAGACGUUGGAAACCGAGAACAUGAGGCUGAGGAGCGAGGCGGAGUUGGUUAGAGCAGAGCUGGAGGAGAGCGAGAGAAAGGUGGAGGCAAUGGAGGCGAAAAUGAAGGCCAUCGAAGCGGAGAUUUCGGAGAUGAAGAAAACGGCGUCCGAUCAAAGUGACGAGCUGUUGCUUUCGUCGUCGCAGAGAUUUCAAGGACUCAUGGAGGUUUCGGUCAGGUCGAAUCUGAUCAAGAAUUUGAAGAAGGGAGUGAAGUGUACCGAGAGCCAGCAAAAGCUGGAACGCUCGGAUUCGAAGAGAGAGGAGGUUGAAAUUGAAGUGCCGAGAUCACACUCCAGGUGUAACUCGGAGGAUUUCGCCGAGUCGACUCUGUCCGCUACUGCUCUCAGAUCUCGGAUCCCUAGGGUUCCGAAACCGCCGCCGAGACCGUCGUCGUCGUCGUCCAACGGUGAAAACAAGGGCUUAGCAACAGGAGAGCAAGCCAUUCCACCUCCGCCACCGCCGCCGCCGAGUCAGGCGAAGGUAGCACCUCCACCGCCGCCACCGCCGUCGCGAUCGGCGCCUCCUCCGCCGCCACCGCUGCCGAAGGGGAGGAAGACGGUGACGGAGAAGGUGAGUCGGGUGCCGGAGGUUGUGGAGUUUUACCACUCUCUGAUGAGGAGGGACUCUCGGAGAGACUCCGGUAGUGGAGCUUCCGACGCGCCGGCGACCGCUAAUGCCCGUGACAUGAUCGGAGAGAUCGAGAACCGGUCUGCUCACUUGCUUGCUAUCAAAACGGAUGUAGAAACCCAGGGAGAUUUCAUAAGGUUUUUGAUCAAAGAAGUCGAGAAUGCAGCGUUUACAGACAUUAACGAUGUGGUGCCUUUUGUAAAAUGGCUGGACGAUGAGCUUUCUUAUUUGGUGGAUGAAAGAGCUGUGCUUAAGCAUUUUGAUUGGCCGGAGAAGAAGGCUGACGCCCUGCGUGAGGCCGCAUUCGGGUAUUGCGAUCUUAAGAAGCUCCAAACAGAGGCUUCUUCAUUUCCUGACCAUUCCCGCCAGCCCUGCGGUCCAACCCUUAAAAAGAUGCAGGCUUUGCUUGAAAAAUUGGAGCAUGGUGUUUACAACCUUUCGAGGAUGAGAGAAUCCGCGACGAAAAGAUACAAAGUUUUCCAGAUUCCUACUAAUUGGAUGCUGGAUACCGAGUUUGUAAGCCAGAUCAAGCUGGCAUCCGUAAAAUUGGCAAUGAAGUACAUGAAGAGAGUCUCUGCGGAGCUGGAAGUGGUAGGUGGUGGUGGCCCUGAAGAAGAAGAGCUGAUAGUUCAAGGCGUUAGAUUUGCCUUCCGUGUGCAUCAGUUUGCUGGUGGUUUUGAUGCAGAAACGAUGAGAGCUUUCCAGGUAUUGAGAGACAAAGUGAGAUCAUGCCAUGUACAAUGCCAAAACCAGCAACAACAGAAAUUUGUUUGCAAGUCCACACCAUGCUAAUCUCUGCAGCACUCUCAGCUUCAGAAAUUGCUCCGAGUUUUUGUUGUAAAGAUAGAACAUCCUGUUUGUGAAUACAAUGACGGGCUGCCAUGCCAUAAUGCAUUCAUAUUUAUUCAUCGGCUCAUGCCGUGCUCGGAAAUGCUCCUCAUCGCUCCAUUUCAUCACAGAACUACUAACUUGUGUAU